CGGCCGCCACACUGUCGAAAGUGAUGUGUAUCAUAGCGCAUCAGUGGCAUCAAUUUAGACAUACGGAAAUCGACGUCUAAGCAAAAGCAUCGACACCGCAGGACACGGAACUUUGUUGGUGUUUAUUUUCUCUCCAAUCGUGAAAUGGAAAUUGCUGCGUCUGACGCAACCCUAGUCAGUGUAUCUCCUGUAGAAGAUGUCAAAAUUAAGCGUUCAAGGAAGACAUUCCUAAUUGGUGUAGGGGCGGUUAUUGGUGCUGUAGUUUUCAUCAUAGCCACAAGUCUCCUUGCUGAUCAAGUGAUUCGAUCCUGGAAAGAAUUGGUGGACGUCCGUCAAGAGUUGCACGACACGAUAAAAGACCAUCAAUCCUACCUGAAGAAAGAAGAACCGGCUGUUUGCUGGACGAAAGAAUGCAUUUUGUCAGCCGCUGCCAUGAUGGAAUCCAUGGAUGAAACAGCCGAUCCUUGCCAAGAUUUCCAUAAAUUUGCCUGCGGUGGAUGGAUGAAGAAAAACGUUAUUCCUAGGGGUCACGGAUCAGUGUCUCAGUUUGGCCUUCUGGAUGGCAGAAUUCAGCAUUUCAUUAAAGAAUUCUUUAAGGAAAAUAGCACCAGCGUCGACUCAAAACCGGUUAAUAACACUCGUGAAAUGUAUAGAGCUUGCAUGGACAAAGAUGCGAUAGAAAAACUUGGAAUCGGACCACUCACUAAAAUUUUGGAUUCUUACGGCCAAUGGCCUUUAACGAUGUCCAACUGGACGGAGGAUCGUUUUGACUGGAGAAAAGCAACCGCUUCCGUCCGGAAUACAUUUGGGCUCGGUUUUCUAUUCGAAGUUUCCAAUUUUGUGGACGUCAACAACACGGAAUUCAGCACACUUUAUUUAGACCAGCCGUCGUUAGGAUUGCCCAGUUUCGUCCUGAAAGGCAACAACUUGACCAGUUUUCCAAUUCAAGCUUACUUGACGUUCAUUUCCGGAGUGGCUCACACAAUCCGUGAUGCCAUCGAUGGAGGAGCUAACGAUACAGAUAUCACCAAGGACGUUGAAGAUUUGAUAAGUUUCCACAUUGAGUUGGCCAAUAUCCUUACUCCGGAAGAGGAUCGAUCGCAAUGGAAUUUGACCCGAAUUUACAAUCCUUUUUCUCUUCCUGAAUUACAAAUUUGGACUGACGAAGCCAAUGCAACCGAAGCAAUGGGCCAGAUUAACUGGCACGAGCACCUGACUGACAUUUACUCAGCGGCCAAUGUCUCCAUCAAUUCAGAUGAAAAGAUCGUCGUUAUCGAACCCGAAUAUCUUCAGAGAUUAGUGCAACUGCUUGACCAAACUCCGCCCAGAAUAAUAGCAAAUUUCAUCCACUGGCGUCUUAUCCUCGAGAAAAUUUACGAUGUCAAUUCAGAAAUGGCCAUUUUAGCUAUUGAGUUUUAUGAUGCUAUUUAUGGUCGAUAUCAGAUACAACCUAGGGAAAACUGGUGCAUGAAACGAGUUCAUAAGUUGAUGGGAUUCGCUAUCGGCGCUAAAUAUGUCGAAUCCGCAUUCGAUCCUCAAGCGAAAAUCGACAUGAAGGAAAUGAUCCUGAAUUUGAAAAUGGCCUUUAGCUCAUUGGUGGAGGAAUCCGAUUGGAUGGACGAAGAGACAAAAAUCAACGCGUUGGAGAAAGCAGCUGCCAUGAAAGAGUACAUUGGUUAUCCUGAUUGGAUUACCAACAAAACUACACUGGAGUUGGCCUACCAGGGAAUUAAAACCGAGCCAGACAAGCAUUUUGAUAAUUUUUACACUGCGAAUCGGUUCAUGGUGGUCACUAAUCUGAGGUUCCUUCGCUUCAGAACCAACCGGGAAAAUUUGUGGAUCUCUUUUCCGGCUGUAGUGAAUGCAUUUUAUUAUCCCAUGUUGAAUUCUAUAACUUUCCCUGCCGGAAUUUUACAGCCACCGUUUUACGGCAAAGGACGUCUUGCGGCCUUGAAUUACGGCGCUAUUGGUGUCGUGAUCGGACAUGAAAUAACACACGGAUUCGAUCAUCGAGGCCACAAGAGCGACAAAAAGGGCCAUGAAAGAUCCUGGUGGACCAACCAAACACUGGACAAGUUUUACAAGCGGAAGCAAUGCAUUAUCGAUCAGUACAAUAAUUACACGCUGCCAGAACUCGAGGGAACCAUUUCCAUUCAUAUGAAUGGAACAAACACGCAAGGAGAAAAUAUUGCGGACAAUGGCGGUCUUAGGGAAGCUUUCCGGGCCUACCAAAAUUACGUUUCAACCAACGGCCGGGAGAAGCGACUGCCCGGAAUGGAACACUACACUCCGGAGCAGUUAUUUUUCCUUUCCUAUGCCAAUGUUUGGUGCAGCAACCAAACCCCGGAAAGCCUAGAAUACCGAGUCCGUUUUGCUGUUCAUAGUCCAGCCCGAUUUCGCAUUAUAGGACCACUUUCCAACUCGGUUGAAUUUUCUGAUCAUUUCCAGUGCCCUACCGACUCCGCCAUGAACCGUCCAAACAAAUGUACUGUUUGGUAAACCGCUCUUUUUUUAAUUUAACGAACAUUUAGUCUAAUCAUGCAGACUAAAUAAUAUCGCAUUUCCAUUCACGAGAGUAUUCACGGUUAAUCUAGCCCAAAAUUCUUUAAUGACUUAACGUUUUAUAGAAUAUAACUUUAGGGACGUCCGUGAAUUAGUUUAUUCACUGAGAGGGUGGGGUCAUAAAAGCUUUUCUUAACAAUUUUCUUUUUUAACUUUUUUACCAAUAUUUAAGGGAAGGGGUCGAUUUUUGCGACGUAUUUGUUUAAGGGGAAAGGGUUACCUUUGUGACAAAAUGUGCAAAAGGGAGGGGGGACGUAAUUUAUGGACUUGACCUCAUUUGAAUUUUGAUUACUAAUGAAGGGUUAAGUAGUAAACAAUUUUUACUUUUACUCGUUAUUCCUGAAUAAUUUUAUCAAUUUUUAUUGUGAUCUGACGAACGUUAUUUUAACUUCAUGAAGUGCGUUAUUGUUUGGUGGCAGCCAAGUGUUUAUUUGUAGUCGUCUCUGACUCUUUGUAAAUGAAUAUUGAAUAGACAAGUAUUGGACUUAUUUGCACCUGCAUUGGAUAUUUGAUUGUGUAAUUCGAAAUGCAAUUGUUCCCACGUGAGAACAUUUUAACGGACGUGUUAGAAUUCCACAUCACGGCUCUUGGCGAGCACGAACUGCAGUCACAGAUUCACAAUUACAUGAUUGUUUUCAAAGUCCAUGAUGGAUAUUGGAUAUUGUAUUGCAUAAAUUAAUAGUUAAUAAUACCGCACCCCACUUACAGAAUGGAGAGGCUUGUACGUUUUGAACAAUGCUGGGUUUCUUGACUCAGUUUGAAAUAGUCUAUCACCGUAUCGAUAUGGACGGCUAACUGGAAUAACACAAAAGCGGAACAUCACGGAGAACUUUAG